UCUUUCGUCGCAGUUUGGCGUGACUUCCCGCGCGGUCAGAGAGGGUUGGCGGCCACUCAAGAGGAAACUCGCGCGCUCUUCGUCGGUGUAGGGGUGCAGAGCGUGCGAACUAACCACCACUCCAUCUGCAAGGUUUUAAAUCCUAAUGUCCCUAAUGUCUCCGAAGAAUAACUUAUGGCUGUGGCGGCCAAUUCUGGGUCUGCUCUUUGCAGUACAAUGCCAAGCAUAUGAGAGCUUCUUACUUGACAGAGAUGUUCCAAACGUCUACCUGACGGUUUCUUCUGUGGUAUCUCAAUCCGGUGCCGCCCGUCUCUUGGAGUUGAACUGGCUCAACCUCCCGAAUAUCGAAGGCGUCAGUGUGCACCUGUAUGGCCGGGAUCCUUCUCUGUCCAGCGGCGCAGCCCUAGUUACUAUCCGCCCUACAACCACAAGUGGUUAUCAUAAAACAUCAGUACAGUUCCCGGAACAAGUCUUCUACAAGAGCAACCUUACCAGUUCCUGUUUGGGUUUCUGGAUCGCGUAUCGUCUCAAUGAUGUUUUGGUCACUUCCAAUUGCAUUAGAUCCCGACCUCACUGGAUGCACGAAUCCCGGUCUACACUUGGUAAUCUCACUCUGUUAGACCUCAUGAUACCAGGGACACAUAACGCUGGAUGUUAUUCUCCCUUCAAUGCUCAAGAAGACACGAUGUUCACACGGUACCUCUACACGCAGGAAGAAAGCAUCUGGAAUCAGCUGGUGUUCGGCAUCCGGUACCUGGACCUAAGAGUGGCUUAUUCGCAAACUAGCGACUCGCCCAACGAGAAGUUCUGGAUUACCCACAGCAGUUUCAAAACGGACAUCACGGUCAUGGACGUUGUGCGGCAGGUCAAAGAGUUCCUCAAGGCCACCAGGGAGAUUGUGAUCAUGGAUUUCCACAGAUUUGUCAAUGGAUUCCAGAGAAAAACUGCUUCUACCAGACGUCGCCACAGGGAUCUUAUUGCUUUACUUGAACGAGAACUGGAAGAGUUUAUGAUUCCUGUGCACUAUACUUCUGGAGCAACGCUGGAACAACUAUGGAAUAGUGACAAAAGGUUGUACGUUGGAUAUGCAGACGAACGUGCUAGAACAAGAAGUUUGUACCUCUUUCCGGCAGUCAAGCACUUGUGGGGUGAUAAGGACAAGGCUGGAGACCUAUGGAGCUACCUUAAUGGAACCGUGUGCAAUCCCUCUCGGAGCCGAUUAACUUCAGCCAUGGCCCAGCUCACCCCAACUAAGGCAGGAGCACUCUUUAAUCUAUACGGUGGGCUUCGAAAGAUGGCGGAACAGGUAAAUCGUCAAGUGACCAGGUGGUUCAGCUACGAUUGGAAUGACUGUGCCAACAUUGUGGCCACGGAUUUCUUUCUAGGAAAUAACAUUAUCGAACUGGCCAUUGAAACAAAUAAAAGAAGAUUACCAUAUGAGGUUUUACUAUGAAAAUAUAAUCGACAUAAUUUCUAUAUACGAGGGACAUUUUUUUUUUCUUCUGAUAUGCCAUAAAAACAGAUAAUAUUAGAGACCACAAUGAAUGUAUUGUCAAAAGUUAUAUACCAAAAUGGUUUAGUUUAGUUUAAUUAUCUUACUAUCCCAUUUUAAAACGACACUAAGGCUAUUUCGGGACAGUCCUCGUAAUUUUGAACAGCAGGCAGAUAACGAGGAGACACCUGAGAUGGCAACCCCUCUUCAACUUUCAUACCACACCAGCGAGAGGACGCUUGCCCCCCCCCGAAGGAUUUAACAUGCACCAGACUCGCUUAUACGACGGUUCUUCGGUGGAAUCGGAUCUCGAACUGGAAACUCUCCGGUUCCGAAGCCGAGACCUUACUUCCAGACUACCAUGGCCCGUUACAAAAAUGGUACUUUUCGACAUAAUUACCUUGAAGUUUUAGGUAUUUCUAUAUCAGUAGGUUAAGUUUCCGAUCCCCUUUUUGAAAAACCUGUCGCCAGUGAUGUUAGAUGAACCUCAACGUUCCUUUAAAACACCUCAUUAGGUUGAAAUUAUUAUUUUGGCAUCCUAAUCAGUUCUUCAGUUUAAUAAAGAGAAGAAAAUAACUCGGCUCUAAGUCGCGUUCUCGAUGAAAGGAAACAAAGGCGUCACAUUGUCGCAACAGAAGAACCCGUUCAACGAGUUGAUCAAGUCGUUCAAGAAAUAAAGGAUGCUGGAAUCCCAGGCAACGAGUUGGCCGAUCAGUAUACCAAAAUUUUCGACUCUGUAAGGUGAAUGUUUAGACUUUCUUGCAGACCAUUCUUUCUAUAAAAAGAAAUUUAAAGAAUUUCCAAAUUAAUGAGAAGAUUCAAAGGAACAUUUAGGCCUAUUUCACAUUCCUGGCGCGAUGUUUUUCAAACAGAUGGUUAGAAUCCUUAACCAUCUAUAUAACAUAUCAUGAUUCUCCAAGACGAUUAUUUCAAAGAGUGACCCAGUGUGUACAGAAUGUUUGGCCGUAAGUUCAUUAUGUUCUCAACCUUUAUCUUUAUUUUUGUGGUCCAUCAGAAUUUGAAAGAAAGGAAAACCGACCCUCGUAUGUUUUUGUUUUUAAUUUUGUAGAGGACCAAAAUCAAAAAAUGAAAUGCGAAUUCUUAAAAACAUUGGUAUUUUAAAAUCAUAGUCAAUUAAAACGCGACUAAAUGAUGAUUAAAAUAAGUUAAGUAGUUUGUUUGCAAAGACUCUUGGGAAGAAUGAGCGGAAAUAAUCAUAGCCAAUGUUUUUUUCCCCAUUCUUGAAUAUUAAAUUCGUUUUUUUCAUCCAGUAUAAAUUAUUGUUAAAAAUCAAUCAAGCAAAUCUUUAAUUCGGAACGAAAUAUGUUUAAGGAAGACAUUGUUCAAAUCUUGCUUUUGAAAAAACAGUCUUAUGAAUUAUUAAUUUUUGCUUGAAAAAUUUACAAUACGAAUAUUUAACUUAUAACACAUUGGAGAAAUACUGUGGUCCUCAUUUCAUUGGAAAAUAUAAAUGAUGUUUAUGCCAUGUCAAGCUUUUGCAAUAACAAAGCACUAUUUGGAAAAUUCAAAGAUGCGAAAAAGUCACCUCACCUAAAUCCUCCAAAAAAGUUUACAAAUGUGAUUGUUUUGAUAUCCUUCCUUCUCACAUAGCUAUCAUGCCAUUUUUCAAGUACACAUUUAAAAAUUCACCAAGAGACCACCACCCCAUGGGAAAUUUUUUCUUUCUAUUUUCCAAAUUUCAGCGGCAAUUACUGAAAACAAACUCUUUAAUUUCAAAACAACUCUGAAAGUUUCUCUAUAGUAAAAAAUUCAGAAACUUUUUAAUUCCUAAAUUAGUAAUACAGAAUUUUCAUUUUUCAAGAAAUAUGUCUGAUGUCAAAAAUUCGAUAUUUAAGACUCAAUACAUCAAAAGUUAGAGAAAAAAAAAAAAUAAUUUUUGUAAAUAAUUAUAACA